UUGGCUGUCAAGGCAAGGUAAAUUGAUGCUCUUGAACUUGCCUGCAACUGCACCACUGAGGAAGGAUUGCAAAGUUGUGGUUGUGUUGCGUCAGCGGAACACACUUCUCAGCUUACACUUGGUCACAACUUUGGUCGAAGCCAUGACACUUCUUUUACGUGUGGUGCUGCCAUGGCUGUUCUUUGUUGGAGAGCUUCAAGCAAGUAUAAAAUCUACCAAUCAUGGCUUUGGGGGUCUUGAUGCCAGUAAACCCCAGCAGAGCUUCCAGCCCCGGACGCAUCUCUCCCAGCCUCAGUCCCCCGGCUACGUGCCUGGUCCCUUGGUUCCUGGUUACAAACCUGAGCCUCAGGUUCCUGGAUACAAGCCCCAGGAUCCCACCUACAAGCCCCAGCCACAGGACCCUAGCUACAAGCCCCAGCCUCACGAUCCCAGCAACAAGCCUCAGUCUUCUAACUACAAACCUCAACCCCAGUCCCAGGUGCCACGCUAUCACUAUAAGCCCCAGAUGAUGCGCUACCAGCCCCAGAUGAUGCGUUACCAUGCUCAGCCACAUGUGCCACGUUACCAUCCCCAUUUCAAGCCUCAGCCCCCACGCUUCCAGUCCCAGAUGCCACAUUACCCAUCUCAACCACUACACUACCAGCCCCAGUCCCCACCCCAAGUGCCGCCCUAUGAGGCCCUUUCCCAGGACAAACCCCAAGUACCAACCUACCAGCCCUCUUCCCAGCCAAAGCCCCAGGGGCCACCCUACCAGCAUCCUUCCCAGCCAAAGCCCCAGGGCCCACCCUACCAGCAUCCUUCCCAGCCUAAGCCCCAGGGCCCACCCUACCAGCAUCCUUCCCAGCCUAAGCCCCAGGGCCCACCCUACCAGCAUCCUUCCCAGCCUAAGCCCUGGGGUCCACCCUACCAGCAUCCUUCCCAGCCCCAGGGCCCACCCUACCAGCACCCUUCCCAGCCUAAGCCCCAGGGGCCACCCUACCAGCACCCUUCCCAGCCUAAGCCCCAGGGGCCACCCUACCAGCACCCUUCCCAGCCUAAGCCCCAGGGGCCACCCUACCAGCACCCUUCCCAGCCUAAGCCCCAGGGGCCACCCUACCAGCACCCUUCCCAGCCUAAGCCCCAGGGGCCACCCUACCAGCACCCUUCCCAGCCUAAGCCCCAGGGGCCACCCUACCAGCACCCUUCCCAGCCUAAGCCCCAGGGGCCACCCUACCAGCACCCUUCCCAGCCUAAGCCCCAGGGGCCACCCUACCAGCACCCUUCCCAGCCCAAACCCCAAGGGCCAUACCAGCCACCCUACCAGCACCAGGGGCCACCUUACAAGCACAAGCUGCGCUACCAGUCAGGCAGUAAUACUGGCUUUUAUCCUACUUCACUGCCUCAAGGGCAAUCCAGCCAGUUUGGCUACAUGCGUAGUUAAAGCUUGGGGGAUGCUCGACCUGAGGCCUGACAUGUCAGGAGGUACGUCUUCAGCUGCUUGGAAACAGUUGGAAUUUAUCUUCUGUAAAAUAAAGCGUAAUUCCUACAUGA